UUUCCGCUUUUCAUUCUCCGGAUCGUAGCGUCCUUUUGCAGCUUUUCAAGUUAGAUUUUUAACGGAUAUUUAACCUCAAUGCCUCAAUCAAGAUUUUAUUCAUUUUUAACUUUGAAAAGAAUUUAAUUUCAAUAAAAACGAAACAAAAGAAAGAAAAUAGAGAAUCCCGCUUGAAUACAACAGUUUCAAUUAUAUUAAUAAAAAAGUUUUUUUCUCGUACGUUGAAGGGUUAAAAAAAAUAGCGCGUAGUAGGCGAUUUUUUCCUAUCUUCCCUGCGUGAAUUUCUUGAAUUUUCGUGCGUGAAUCACGGUGUUUAACCACCAAUAGUGAGCAGAAUACAUACAAAGAGGCUGCAAAUUGCAGUAUAUCCGGAAAAAUAGGGGAUUUCCUCAAGAAAAAAGAACCUGAAAAUCAACUCUGAGAAAGAUUUUUUUUCGCUCCUCUGCCUUUCUAGUGAACCAAAAAAUCACAAUUAUGGAAGCAAAUGUGAAUGAGAUCUUGAUGAACUUUGAGGAAAGCAAGAAGAUGGUGAUUGAAUUCAUGAAGACCGGUGUACCGCCGGAAAUACUUGCCCAGCCAUUCAAUGCAGGAAUGUACGACAUGCGGGUACUUGAGAGGGAGUUUGUCAAGUUGUGUCCGGACUACAGUGUGGAGCCAGCCGAUGCGGAUACCCAUCAAAUGUCCAAAUUGUUUGCCAUUGAAGUUCUUUACAAUAUCGGCCCAUCUUGCAGUCGCAAUUGGAACACCGUUAAGAUGUUUCCGCUCAUCUACAAGGAUGCCAAGGGAAGGAUUCACAGGAACAAAGCUUUUUUGCACAUGAUCACGGGCAAGAAUGUUCCCCACAAUAUGUUGCGUCCCAAAGCAGCACGCGGUGUGAUCCAUUUGACGAUCAAGCAAGCCUAUCUUCUUGCGCUGAAGAAAAUGGAGAAGCUGAUUGACUUUUCAGUUGCCAAUGGGAUGUAUCCACUGACCCCAGUGGUUGAGCAUGGCCUUAAUGGGUUAAUUCCGGAGCUAUACGAGGAGCUGAAGGAGCAAUUUUACUAUCCGCAUGACAUUGCGCACCUGGUGAAGUCCAUCAAUCAGAGUUCGUACGAAGGUGGGGAGAAUCUGCGGUACAGUGAGGUGCACGUGGCUGCUGCACUCUCCAUUGUCGCGACGAUUUUUAUGCACCGUGCUCGUGCCAUGGAAAUCGUUAAGGGCAGAAUAUGGUUCUUCAUGAAGGCAGGGAAGAAGGCGGAUAUUGUACUGUUUGAGGUCUUUGCGAAUUACGCCAUUCGCAGGAAGCUUCAGAAUGCUAAUUUGCAGCUUGAUGCAUUUCCUUUGACUGCCUCAGUGAUGCAGGAAGCUGAUGAGGAUGAGGAGGGAGCAGUUGGUGGAGAUGUGGAGUCUCCUGGUGCUCUUGAAGGCACAAAUGAGGAGCUUCCAGUUGAAGCAGUUAUGCGGUGCUAUAUCUGCAACCAGGUGUUCUCUUCUGCAAACAAGGAUCAAGAUGCUUUAAUUGAAGCAUAAAAUGACGAAAAGGACUCUCUUUUCCUUUAUUUGAAGAUCAUUUUGUUUUAAUUGAAAGACAAACUCUGAAUUAAUCCUUAAAGAUCCUUAUUAUGAAUUUUUUAUUGUUAGAAAUGCAUUUUUCUUUAACUAAACGAUUUUUUAGCGAUCGAUUUCUUGAAUUAAAAUUAAGAAUUAAGGAGUUAAGAAAAUAAUUUAGAUUUAUCAGACAAUCUAAUCGAAUGUAUUGAAGCAUAAUUUAUGCUUAAGAACUGUGAAAUAAUGAAAAUAAAUGAAAUUUUCUCGAUUCUAAUAAAAA